AUGAAGACUUUCAUGAACCCCGUCGUCGCCUCCAUUGGCUUGACCAUCGCCAGUGGUGUUGCGAAUGCUGCCCCGUCAGUCUUUGCCAGCAACCACACUGCUGGUCCCGAGCUAAAGCACUGGCCAGCCGAGGCGGCCAAGUCUCUGAACGCCAUGAUCGCCUCUAAUGCCAACCAGAGCAAUUAUGCCGUUUUUGAUAUGGACAACACCAGUUAUCGGUUCGACCUUGAGGAGUCUUUGCUUCCCUUCCUUGAGAGCAAGGGCGUCUUGACGCGCGACACCAUGGACCCAUCGCUGAAGCUGGUGCCAUUCAAGGACACGGCAAACCAUACUGAGUCUAUCUACAGCUACUACCUGCGGCUGUGUGAGAUUGACGACAUGAUCUGCUACCCCUUCGCGGCCCAAAUCUUCAGUGGCAUUCCUCUUCGUGAGCUCAAGGGUUACGUAGACGAGCUCAUGUCCCUCAACCGCACCAUUUCGACUACCUAUUACGACGGCGACGUGAUCACCUCUACAGAGAUCACCCCUCCCAAGAUCUUCACCGGCCAGGUUGAACUCUACAACAAGUUGAUGGCCAACGGAAUUGAAGUCUACGUCAUCACUGCUGCUUCUGAAGAGCUUGUCCGUAUGGUCGCUGCCGACCCCAAGUACGGUUACAACGUCAAGCCCGAGAAUGUGAUUGGUGUCAGCCUUUUGAUGAAGAACCUGACCUCUGGCGACCUGACCACAGCACGCAAGCAAAUCGAGGAUGGCACAUAUGACGAGAAGGCCAACCUUGACCUCGUCAUGACCCCCUUCCUCUGGACCCCAGCCACUUGGAUGCAGGGCAAGUGGGCUGCUAUUCUCACUUACAUCAACGAGUGGAAGAAGCCCAUCCUUGCUGGUGGUGACACCCCAGACAGUGAUGGUCCUAUGAUUUUCCACGGUGUUGAUGUCUCCAAGGGCGGUAUUCACCUCUGGAUCAACCGCAAGGAAAGCUCCAUGAAGCAAAUGAAUGAGAUGAUUGAAGAAUUCUCGGCCGACCAGGAGAAGGAGGGGCUUCCCGUGACAGCGGACAAGAACUGGGUUAUCGUGAAGCCUGAGGACAUCCAGUAA